AUGAUGUUAUUCAUACUAAAAGUUCUUACAUGGGAUAAAACUAUUUUGGAACCAGUGAUUAUGUGUGGAAUGAUUGGAUAUCCCAAUUAUCUGAAAUUUUUCUCAAAGCCAUUGAAUUGGAUAAAUAUAUUUGAAUUUGUAAAUUCUUAUCGCUACAUAGGCAAUAAUACCUGUGAGAAAGUUAUACAUCAGCGCAAUUGUUGUUGGGUUAUGGAAUCCCUUUGUAAUGCUUUACUAAGGUGUACCAUUACAUACCCUUGGUUCAAAUUUAAAAAUGUCAUUUCAACCGUUUUUUCAGACUACAAUCUUGAAUAUAUCCCGGCAAAUGUAUCAAAACGCGACAUUGCCAAUGUGGCACGAUUCAUCGCCACGUUCAACGAGAAACACAAUGUAGAAAUGUUGACCAAUAUCAAAAUAUUCAUUCAAAGAUCUGUUGAUAUAUAUAAAGUGUUUGAGGCAGACAGUAAUUGUUAUGCAUCGUUUAAAGAACAGGCGGUGCAAGACAGGCACUCUGCUGCUUGGGGGAUACUUGACACAAUGCACCUUACCGGUAUCUGCGUGGCUCUAGAUGAGAAUUACGGCGAGAGAGAGAAUUUGAUCAAGUUAUGCAAUUGCUUGGAGGUUACAUUGGGACAUAUAACUAAACUGGAAAAAUUGAAUAUAUAUAGAAAUUUAAGCUAUUUAUUGAAGAAUCGCUACAAUGUUUGGGUUGAUCAAGAUGUGAUCUCCACACGCGUUUUCGGUGAAAAUUCUGUACAGGUAAUGCGCACUUCGAGAAUCCCAUUUUGA